GAUGGCUAGCAGAGGAACCAAACUGGUCCAGACACUUGAAAAAGAUCAGUCUCUCCUCAGGGAGAGAGAUGGGCUGCUGUGGUCUCAUCUAGUUGCUGUCUUUUCCCUGGAGGAGUCUGAACCAGGAUUCUGGAAGUGUGUCUUCCUCUUGGCUCUCUGAGUGAAAUUCCCUGUUUAUCACAACAGGCAGAUUUAUGACCAGGUAUAUAUAUUGCACUGGGACUCCUGAGGGAUCAGCCAAGCGCUUCUCCAGGCAGAAGAAGAAAGGUUGCCUGUUCUGAGACUCUGUUUCAAGGGGAGCAAGAGCCCUUCACUUGAAAUCCUCCCGCAAUGCUGUGGCUGCUGCUGCUGCAGGUGUUGGCAAGCUGCCUCUGGCUGGGACACAGCGAGGUGGUGAACUCCUUUGAAACUUCAUGUCCUCAGUUUUUUUUCCGGGAGACCCCCCCAAAUGAAGGCCUGGAGCCACAGAACCCAGCCUGGAUCUGCCAGCGCUUCAAGAACCAGUAUUACUUUGCCACUCUGUACGACAGGAAGAUGCGUAUUCCUGUGUACUCUGCCUACAUCUACCAGCCUGGACCUGGCAAGAGACCUAAAACAUGGCUGGUUGAGCCCCAGCUGAUUGGCCCAACUUAUCCCAAAACUAUGGAAAAAGAGUGGACACUCUUAAAUCAAUACAAUGUCAGCUUAGAGAAAAUCAGCCAGAGCCAGGCUAUCCUUCAUGACUACAAGAACCUGACAGGUUUGAACCGGGGCCAUUUGAACCCCAAUGGCCACCAUGAUGACUACAGCAGCAGGAUGGCUACCUUCACCCUCACCAACAUAGUGCCCCAGGAUGCGGAACUCAACGGCGGCGCCUGGAACAACUACGAGCAGCAAACGAUGAUCAGGAGGACCCAGGGCUGUACAACCACCUACGCCAUUGUGGGUGCUGUGCCUGGGAACAACUACAUCGCCAGGGGGAGGGUUAAUAAACCCAGCCACCUCUGGUCAGCUGCCUGCUGCGUGGUGGACAACAACUACAUAAAGGCUUGGGCAGUCAUUGCUGAAAACGACAAGAACCAGGUCGAGCUCCUCACACUGGGGGAGCUGGAGGACAUGUUGACCGAACUCUAUGGGAGGGGACAGGUUUCCCUGUUUGAUAGUGACUGUCCCCGGGAGUAAGCUUCCCAUCCUGGGUGGAAAAGGCUCAGGAGCUUUUCCCAUAUGUCAUAGAAUCAUAGAAUGGUUUGGGUUGGAAGGAAUUUCAAAGACCAUCCAUGUAGUCUCAACUCCCAUGCCAUGGGCAGGGACACCUUCCACUAUCCCAGGUUGCUCCAAGCCCUGUCCAGCCUGGCCUUGGACACUUUC